AUGACCCUGACGACGCGAUUAAUCAGUCUACACGGCGAAUACGCCAUGAAACUGAAAGACAUUCCGACUAUUUCGUCUUCUUUACAACUCAACUCACAACGGACCAUGAAGAAAAAGCUCAUUUCUUUUUCAACAACGAAAUGUCUCAUACGUACUUUAUCGCAUUUUGUUGUAGUAAAAGAAUUUAUUUCUCCACAUCAGUUUAACUCAGCUAGAUGUUUCCAUUGGUCCUCAAUGAAGCUAACACAGUUGAAACCCGAUGUUGAAUUUUAUCGUCGUACUCUUCCUUCAAGUUGCAUUUCUUUCUCUUCAGAGAGAGGGAAAUUGAUAUUUGCUGAAGCACUGGCAUCUGGUCACAUGAACUGUUAUUUUAAACUAGCCUCUCAUUUCCGUACCCAAGAUGAACCAGCCUUCUGCGGUCUGUCCACUCUGGUAAUGGUACUCACUGCUUUAGACAUUGAUCCUGGUGUCGUAUGGAAGCGACCCUGGCGAUGGUACCAUGAGAACAUGCUUGACUGUUGUAUUCCUUUGGAUGUUGUGAAGAAGAAUGGCAUCACUCUUGAACAAUUUACCUGCAUUGCUGAAUGCAAUUCUCUACAAACAAAUGUUGUACGCCCCAAACUUGUCAACAUGUCUGUGGAUCACUUCCGAGAGGUCAUUAAAACAUACACACAAUGCAGUAAUAUAUUUCUUGUGGCCACCUACUCACGGAGGAUCCUCAACCAAACAGGUGAUGGACAUUUCUCACCAAUUGCUGGUUAUCACCCAGAUCAAGAUUUAGUUCUCAUCAUGGACACUGCUCGCUUUAAGUACCCACCCCACUGGGUCAAGUUACCACAUCUUCUGGAAGCUAUGAAUGCCCCGGACAGGGAUACAGGUUUACCACGUGGUUACAUAAUGCUGAGCCAAAAAGCCAAUUCUAGUCCUCUUCUCUUAUUUCGAGUUUCUUCAACUCUCACCUUAAUGCUUCAUUCACAAUUGCCAGCAGAUAUUUUGCUGUUUUUAAAGAAAUGGCAAGAUUUAUUGAGAGAGAAAAUUGACACUGAACAGACUGAGGCAGCCAUUAUCAAUACCAUUCAAAAACUGUUGUCUCUCAUUUCUGACUUAAAUCCACAACAUAAACUUUUAGAGUUUCAUGUCUUGGAGCAAGACUGCCCUUGUGACUUGGUUGAUGAAUACAAAGAAUAUGGUUGUGCCAUGCAGAAAUUGCUGGAAGAAUUGGAAGCCACAAAAUUAUUUCUUCUUGUUAUGGAAAUUAUGAAACUAGAAAAAGAUGUUCAAGAGCAAACAUCAGAAUCAUUUUGCCACACCUGCCGAAAACUGUCAAAUUUAAACAACCUGCAAGGACACCCUACACACAUUGUGAAUGAUGUGCACUUGGUAACAAUGUUACUGUUCAGUUGGCCCUUCUGUUCCACAGCUGAGAGGAGAACGUUGGAUGCCUAUCCUUAUUUGCCUAUGAACAAAAUCCAGGAACAGAGACAGUCUCAGCAGCAGCAGAUCCAGCAACAUGAACGCAGUCAGCCUCAGGAAGCAGCAGAUCCAGCAACAGGAACGGGGAGUUUCAGCAACAGCAAGGGACACAGUCUCAGCAGUAGCAGAUCCAGCAACAGCAAAGGGGACAAUUCAAAAACAGGAACGGGGACAAUUCAGCAGCAGAUCCAACAACAUGAACCCGGUCAGCCUCAGGCAGCAGCAGAUCCUGCAACAGGAACGGAGACAGUCUCAGCAACAGCAGAUCCAGUAACAGCAACGGGGACAGUCUCAGAAAACAGCAGAUCCAGCAACAGAAACGUGAGCAAUUUGCCAAAGCAAGAGAUCAAGCAACAGGAACGGGGACAUUCUCAGCAGCAGCAGAUCCAGCAACAAGAACGGGGAGAGUCUCAGCAACAGCAGAUCCAGUAG